AUGUCUCAGAACGACAACGAUCCCAACCCUUCGGUCACCCCCCAGGCGGGCCAGGGGAACAGCCGAUGCCAUGACGAGCCCAAAGCACGCUCCGGAGAAGGCCCAGUGUCCCAAAAGGCAGCGCAAGACGGUCCAAACCGGACUCCUGUUCUCCUCUAUCCAGCACGACCCGAAUAUGGUCCCGUCUUCGGCCAGGCGAUAUGGAAACGGCCUGAAGAGCCUGAGCCUCUUGAUGACCCAAGAACGAGCAUAUUUUCGGACGACUUCCCGAUCGGGGAUGAUUACGCUCCUGACGAAGACCUUCGCAAGACUACAAGUCCCUUCUUCCGAGCUUUUAUCGAGUCCUACGAUCGAUUCAUGAAUACCGAAACACGGAUUAGAACCGUUUUCGUCCUUUUCCCGAAGACCUGGGGGGACGACAUGAUGUAUGCAGCUAACUUGUAA